AUGCCGACCAAUUCGAAUGCGGAGAAAUUGCGAAAGCAAAUUCGCAAAGCAUUUCAAAUGCGCGCACUCACAAUAAGCAAGGAGGCUAUGGAAUAUGCUGUGCAGAUUCUGGUGGAUUUACAAAGUGAAGAGCGAGUCAGGUGGAUAAACAAAGUUAUUAGUGUGUUGUCGAAACAGAAGGCAAGCGGACCAGUACUUUCGUUCAAUGAAUUCAAGUCUGCUGUUAAUGAAUGUGCUAGCAGUCGUUCCUCAAAACAAGAAUCAUUAAUUCGUGUAAUUGAUUUGUUCACUGUUCCACGUUUACGGUAUGAUGAACAACGUAAGAUGUUAGUUGCAGUAGAUGGUCUAUCAUCUGCUAUAGGACAAAGUAAUGAUGCGAAGAUUUUAUACAGAGAACGUCUGAAACUUGUCGUGCAACGUGCAUUACGAAACUCUGCGUUUGAGCAUUAUCAAUUAUGCACGGUGGAAGCUCUACUAGGCACUCCAGAAAGAUCAGAUAAUUCGGUGUUAAUAGGAAUGUUAACUCAGAGGGAUCCUGGAGUUUAUGAAAUCGAGGAUCUUACAGGCGCUAUAGAAGUUGAUCUUAAGGAAGCGACCUUCCACAAAGGUCUUUUCACCGAUGGCUGUAUAAUGAUGUUGGAAGGUCGAUCUGUUGGCGGCUUAUUUCGUGUUAGUGCUGUUGGUCUUGCACCAGUUGAAAGUGCUACAGUUACAAGAAAUUACUUUGGAGUAACGAACUGGUUUGGUGGUGAAGGUACAGUUGCCUGUGGCUCACAGAUUCGACUUCGAACACUAUGCGAACGAAAUGAUAGAACAAGGUUCAUCCUUAUGUCAGAUGUAUGGCUGGAUGAUUCAAGGAUAUUGAGUGCAAUCAAUGAGCUUAUAUUUGCUUUCACAGAUUCCCAGUUGCUUGCAUUCAUUAUAUGUGGUAAUUUCUGUUCUCAGAUGGGUACAGCUGACUCAUAUCAUCGCACUUAUGGUUUGUUUUCCACAUGA